AGAGAGAGAGAGAGAGAGAGAGAGAGAGAGAGAGAGAGAGAGAGAGAGAGAGAGAGAGAGAGAGAGAGAGAGAGAGAGAGAGAGGAACACAGACAUUGUAUAAGAUGGCGCAGGAAGGUUGCUCUGGAGGUGGAGAAGGAAAGCAGGUGGGCGACGAUGGAGAGCCUCUCUUCACAGUGUCUGAGUUCCUUGAAGAGCUCGAAGAAAAAGAGAAGGAGGCAGAGAUGGUCUUAGGAGGUGGGGACUCCGGCGAUGUGUGCAGCUAUGAUGAGGGUUACCUUCCCCGGCAAGGGGUAUUUGUUUGUGAGACGUGCACACCCAACGCGCAAGCAGGGGUCUGCUUGGCCUGUUCGCUCACAUGUCAUGAUAAGCAUGAGAUUGUGGAGAUCUGGACUCGUCGCCGAUUUCGCUGUGAUUGUGGUAACUCCAAGUUUGGGGGUGUCCCAUGUAAAUUGAGGCCAGAUAAGGAUCCUAUCAACCCAAAGAAUGUAUAUAACCAGAACUACAGGGGUGUGUACUGUAUCUGUCACCGACCUUAUCCAGAUCCCGAACGAGCAGAGCGAGACGAGGAGGAACGCAUGAUUCAAUGUACCAUCUGCGAAGAUUGGUUCCAUGAGGAGCACCUCGGGAUUCCUACGGACCAGCUUCCUCAUGAAGAUGACAGUGCGUCUGAAGAUUUCAUCUGUGGAGGUUGUGUGGCGCAAAGGGUUCCCUUUAUCGAAGAGUAUCCGGAGUUGCGGUUAUUCCCACUUCCUGCUCCACCGCCGCCAUGUCAAGGUAGCGGCGGAGUUGUUGAAAAUGGGGAUGCUACAGUGAAGGGAGAGCCAAGCGGGGAGCCGAGCUCUGGCAUGGAAACAAAUGGUGGUUCGCACGUGAACGAUCAGGGAAUGAAGACGGAGGAGGAGGACGCCGCUGGCGCCGCCAAAGGUGUUGAAUGUGAGAGAAAUGGGAAGAUGCCUGUGUGCAAAAAUGGCUCUGACAUGGCGGUGUCGGGAGAACAUAGUGGUCUUGAGCCAUCUCUUGCAGUUCUGAAAGCAGAAAACGAAGACGAUGACAGACGCAGACUUUCUCAAGGACAAAUUGGGUGUAAGAGGAAACGAAGAGACUGCCGCAUCCAUUAUUGCGCGAAUGGCGGAAGCACCCCAGUCGCUGAGUUGGACUCCAAAAGGACCGGCAACGGGACUGCGGGUCAUUUCCACCAGAACGCAGCCAGUACAUGCAUCAGCGUUGCCAACGGCCAGACGGGCCCGUGCGAGGUCAGGGCACAUGGCAAUGGGGUGGUUGCAGGAGCAGACUGUGACAGUGGAACCAAGCGAGAGGUGAGUGGGAGUUUGUUGCAGGAUAUCAAAGGCGAUCAUCAUCCGGCUAACGGAAGCAUUACCGAGCGUUUGAUGGAGAAUCCGCGGGCGCUAUUCUUGAAGAAGGAUUGGAGGCUCGAGCUGUGUCACUGCGACGGCUGUUGUGCCAUGUAUCGCCAGAUUGGUGUCGACUUCUUGCUCGAUCCGGAAGAUACUAUGCAAAUGUAUCAAGAGAAAGGCAAGGCCAAAACAGAACAGCGCAAGCAGGAGAUAGAGCAAGUACAGAAUAAUCUCUGGAACUCAUUGGGACGUACUGGACAAGUUGAGUUCCUUCAUGGUUUCAAUGACUUAGCAGAGAAUCUUCGAUCGUUUCUGAUGCCUUUUGGACAGUCAGGCCAACCGGUCACCGAACAAGAUGUGAGAGGUUUUUUCGAGCAGCUGAAAGACAGGCGACGGCGGUUAAGCUGAGAGUGAGUCGUCAUCCAAGGACGGACGCCAUGAUGUCAUAGCGCGAUGGCUACAGGAUCGGCACCGACGUUGGGCAAAUCUGAAACUGGCGUGGAGAGGGUUUUCCGACGAGCUGAAAGAGAAGUGUGUGUGUGGAUAACGGUCACCGGACAAGACGAGCAGCUGAAAGGCAAACAUCGACGGUUAAACCACCAGUACUUGGCCCAGCUAUCGGCCGCGGAAAAAAAAGGAGUAGAAACGUUUCUAGUCGGAUGAAUUUGGGCGCUCCUGUGGUAGCCCGUACGUUUCCUAAAAUCGUGGCGCGUUAACAGGCACGACUCGAGGACGUACUGGUGGUUUACGCUGAGAGAGUCGAUAUCCGAAGACAGCAUGAUGUCAGAAUGUGAUGGCUAUCAGAUCAGCAACUGUGUUGGCCAAUCCGAAACAGGUGUGGAGAUACGUGAGAGGGGGGUUUUCCGAGCAGCUGAAAGAGAAGCAUCAGGAUGAUGGUCGCUGAACAAGACGAGCGCAGCUGAAAGACGAAAGUCGGCAGUUAACCCCGCAGUACUUGUGAUCCUUCCCACGCCGGGCCUCAAAACGCGCUGUGUGCACCCACAAAAAAAACAAACCGUCGCAGGACUUCUUGUUGCUGGCGCUGCUGCUAGCCAUUUUUCGCUCUGGCUGCCGACACCCGAAGUUUAUUCGUCUUGCGCAUAUCAGGAUGAUGGUCGCUGGACAAGACGAGUGCAGCUGAAAGACGAACGUCGGCAGUUAACCCAGCAGUACUUGUGAUCCUUCCCACGCCGGGCCUCAAAACGCACUGUGUGCACCCACAAAAAACCCAAACCAUCGCAGGACUUCUUGUCGCUGGGGCUGCUGCUAGCCAUUUUUCGCUCUGGCUGCCGACCCCCGAAGUUUAUUCGUCUUGCGCUUAUAGCCUUGUUGGAGAAACAUGGCUGGGUAAUGUACUGGCGGUUUACGCUUAGAGAGUCGUCAUCUGACGAGUCCAUCAUCUCAUCAUAGUGUGAUGGCUAGUGUGAUCAACAGCGAGGUUGGUCAAAUCUGGAACAGGCUCGGCGAUACAUGGGAGGGGUUUCCAAGCAGCUGAAGGACAAGCAUGAGGAUGACCAUAGAGGGGUCCUUGUCCAUUUACAGAUUCAAUUGGGUUGUCGCAUGAUGGUUAGCAUAUCAGCUGUGGAGGCUGGCCUCAUAAGAGGAGAACAACAGUGUCCAGUGGAAGAAAGUGGCCAGACUGGCAGAGGUGGGACAAGGAACUAUGAUGAAAAAAACUGUACCAUGUCUGGAGGGAAGUGGAGCUUUGAAACUGUCCUACAGUCUCCACCUGUCUCUGUUGCAAACAAUUGCGCUUGGAAUAUAGCAAAGAACCUGCCACAAGGAGACCCGGGAGUAGGGCCAACAGCAGGUGCUAUGUCCGUGCUUCGAAGGCAUGUACUUGGUCAUAAAAGUUGCCAGGUUCAUGGGUUCAUCGCAUGAACAUAGACGCUGUGAGGUCAGCCCCUCAGCUGCUAUUACGUCGUAGACAUAGAGUACGGUAUGAUGUAAAGUAUCCCUUGGAACUCUGUGCCUUUUGUGGUCCUCUGGGACUGUGGACCCCUUUUCAUCGUCCUUUGGGACUGUGGACCCCUUUUCAUGGUCCUUUGGGACUAUGCACCUUUUCUCUCCUCACGAACGGAUGAAUGCAAGUAAUGUUUCGCCAACGACCACUGGAUUGCGAAUUCAGUUUUAGGCACGGCAUCGAUAGCUGAGAAAGGUACUUUGGUGGUUGUUUAAGGGGUAUAAUAAUAAUAUAAUUGCAGAAAUAGCGUGUUUCUGAAGUUCCACAACGGAAAUGUUGUACGGUUCCGAAAGAUUCGGAGAUCUAUUUUUGGCAAGGAAAGUGGGACCCCGCCCCCCCGCCCGCCCACAAAUAUUUUUGCUGUGAAACUACCGGGACCUCUAAAGCUCCAACGAAAGAUGUAAUUUUUUGCAACGAAACUUGGGGCCCGGCAAUAUUUUUGCUGUGAAACUACCUCGACGCGCUAUUUUUGAAACCUACCCAUUUGGUGGUGGGGUAAUGAAACCUCCCUCUCCCUGCUGCACUCGGUUUCCAGACGUUCCGUCACUCAUUUCUUUGACGCUGGAUCUGCGGAAUUAGGCUCGGACAGGAAGAGACUCAAAAUCUGAAUUCAUCACAGGAAGAAAAACAAAAGAACAACCGAGUCCGUAGCAGACCUGCGGUACACUUGACUCGUUUGUUCACUGCACGAAGCCGUGGAAGGAAAGAAAGGUGGGUGGAGGAUUGCACCUCACGAGACUUGAGUUGUUAAAUCUCAAGUACAGACCCAAGUUCGGAUAAGACCUUGCUUGGUAAGCAUGGAACACGAACAAUGCGGAUCUGGUCAUCGUUAUCUAUAAGAGCUUUAUAAAUAAUUAAAAAAAAAAAAAAAAAAAGAGCAUCUGGAUGGCUGGAACUUGGUCACUGGGAGGAUGCCGAGUACAUGGAGCAUGUGGACGACUGUGAUGCGUGUUCCCCUCCACAGCGGGAGGAUCUCAACGGGGGAAGGAAGGAUGAAUGUGGACCAUGACUUGGGUUGGAAGCAUGGAACAUGGGCAAGGCACCUAUAUUCCCUCAUGGGAAAGAGGAUCUUGAAGAGGAUCUAACUGGGAGGAUGUAUGUGGGAUCAGCACUUUUGGCUGUAAACGUGGAAAAUUGACCAAGAACUUGAAAGAAGAAGAAUCGGAAUAACAUACCUAUGGGACCCGUAGAGAUAUGGCUAGUCCUAGCGCCCUAAGUACCCGUGUGGCAAGGUCACCUCGGUCAGGUCACCUCCGUCUGUAAUAGACUAUAAGGACUGAAUAGAGUAAGUAGGGCUCUACUUAGUCCGGUAUCCACGACCACUGUCCGGUCAGGUCACCUCCGUCUGUAAUAGACUGUAAGGUGACAGUCCGUCGUGAAUAAGGUAGGACGGUGGGAGUAGAGGUGCACUGGGAAACGACAGGGAACUACGUAAGUGGUAGCUUGGAAGGGAAGUUCCAUAGGAAUGCCGCAUGGCCUAGUGCCAACGGCACCCCUCAUAUGUCUACAAAUCCAACCUCUACAACAACCUGGGCUUCAAAAAAAAAAGAAAAAAAUUAAAAAUAAAAUAAAAUGACGAAGAUUGAAUCCUUCAUCAGCAGGAGGAUCAGAACUGGAGAAUAACGUCGAGGCAGAUUAAAGAAUGGUUACCUGAGAACCGGAAAUUGAAACAUCGACCAGAAAAUCUCACACAAGUCUCCCUCUUCGAGCCCUUGUUUUUACAGAAUGUAUGCAGACCAUCACUUGGGUUGUAUGCAUGGAACAUGGGCAAUGUGAUCCAUAUUCCCUCAUCAGUGGGAGGAUCUGGGAGAGAAUCUGGGACACGAUCCGGGAGAGAAUCGGAUCGAAGGAUACAUGUGGACCACUUCUUCCGUUGUAAACGUGGAACAUGGAGAUAGUUCAAUCCUUAUUGCCGCAUCAGCAUGAGGAUCUGGACGGCUGCACAGGGUGGUGAAAUCGAGGGUACACGAUCGCAUUUGCUGUUGCCCUUUGCGAAGGAUCUGGACGGCUGCACAGGGUGUUGAAAUCGAGGGUACACCAUCGCAUUUGCUGUUGCCCUUUGUGAAGGAUCUGGACGGCAACGACCACAUUUGCUGUUGCCCUUUGUGGAAGAUCUGGACGGCUGCACAGGGUGUUGAAAUCGAGGGUAAACGAUCGCAUUUGCUGUUGCCCUUUGUGAUAUGAGUGGAGAUGGAGUACUCAAGUGGUGAAGUUAAGGAAUCUGUGGGCAUAAUUGAUCACAUCUGCCAUGUGCAAAUCUUCGAUCCAUGUGCAGUCCUCAUUGUCGGCCGUGCCGAUGGUAGUGUUCGCAGAUAUGUGGACCGUUAGAUCAACACAUGAAUGUAUAGGAAGGUUGGGACUUCAGAGUUCGGUGAGGUUGGGAUUUCAAAGUUCGGUAAGGUUGGGAUUUCAAAGUUUUGUGGGCAUAGUAGGAGUGGUUAAAGGCUGGGAAUGGAGAUAAUACAGAAUUGUAAUCAAUGCCAUCUUACCUU